UUUGGUAAAAAGAUCGUCCCUUUCCGUGGAAAAACGUUGUCUGCACUCUCCAGUGCUUCAUCUUCUCUGACAAUGGUACUUUCUCUCUCUACAUUAGGGUUUUCUUCAGCACUUUCGCGCCUAAACUUCUUCCCAAAGCCACCACCUUCUCUUUUCUCCGCACUCACCACUUUCCGCAGAAACCAACUUCCACUCAAAUCGUCGCUCGCCGCAUCGAAACGUGACGGCGAUGUUGUCGUUUUGGGCAUCGAAACCAGCUGCGACGAUACCGCCGCUGCUGUCGUGAGAAGUGACGGUGAAAUUCUCAGCCAAGUAGUGUCUUCUCAGGCAGACCUGCUUGCGAAAUAUGGAGGUGUUGCUCCAAAAAUGGCAGAAGAAGCUCACUCAAAAGUUAUAGACCAGGUUGUGCAAGAAGCCCUUGAUAAAGCUUAUCUGACCGAGAAGGAUCUUACUGCUGUUGCUGUUACUAUUGGUCCUGGUUUGAGUCUCUGCCUUCGUGUGGGGGUGCAGAAAGCCCGGAAAAUUGCUGGCGGAUUUAAUUUACCAAUUAUUGGCAUACAUCACAUGGAAGCUCAUGCUCUGGUUGCCAGGUUAAUUGAGAAAGAUUUGCAGUUUCCAUUCAUGGCCCUACUUAUUUCAGGGGGACACAAUUUACUCGUUCUUGCUCGUGAUCUUGGGCAGUACAUACAACUUGGAACUACGAUAGAUGAUGCUAUCGGUGAGGCAUAUGACAAGACAGCAAAAUGGCUCGGACUGGAUUUGAGGAGAAGUGGUGGUCCUGCUAUUGAGAAGCUUGCUAUGGAGGGUAAUGCUGAAUCAGUCAAGUUUUCUAUUCCAAUGAAGCAGCACAAAGACUGCAAUUUUUCCUAUGCUGGUCUAAAAACCCAAGUACGUCUGGCAAUUGAGUCCAAAAAGAUUGAUGCCAAAAUUCCAAUUUCUUCAGCAAGUAAUGGAGAUCGACUGUCACGGGCUGAUAUUGCUGCUUCUUUUCAGCGAAUUGCUGUGUUACAUCUUGAGGAGAGGUGUGAACGAGCAAUACAGUGGGCAUUGAAGAUGGAGCCUUCCAUAAGACACUUGGUUGUCUCUGGUGGAGUUGCAUCAAAUCAAUAUGUCCGAGCCCGGCUUGAUAUGGUUGUGAAGAAGAAUGGCCUGCAACUUGUAUGCCCACCUCCUCGGCUCUGUACUGAUAAUGGUGUAAUGAUUGCUUGGACUGGUAUUGAGCACUUCCGCAUGGGAAGAUAUGACCCUCCUCCUCCUGCAGAAGAACCUGAAGACUUUGUGUAUGAUAUACGCCCAAGGUGGCCGCUGGGGGAAGAAUAUGCUGAAGGAAAAAGUGUAGCACGUUCGUUAAGAACAGCCCGCAUUCAUCCUUCUCUUACAUCUAUAAUUCUAGCAUCAUUGCAACAAUGACACUGCUUGAACUUCCAUGUUGCUUCAGCCUCUCAUGAAGAUUUGCAGGGCAAGCCUCUCUCUUUUGGACUUAUCUAUGAUUUGCCAAAAUGACGUCUGGGCCGAAUUUUCAAAAAUACAUGAAAAAGUGGGCUGAAGUUUGCUGUGGAAACUGACCAUUGGCAUCAAGCAGUAGCACGAGAAAAUCCAGCAAAGCAAUGUCACGGCAAGGAGAAACAUUAUAAUGGUAUGGUGGUUGGUAGAAGUGAAAAAAGGAGUGGGAUGGGAAGAGAUCAAAAUUCAUUGUGCUAUUAACAAAAAAUUUCAACUUAAGAGUAAAAGAAAAGAAAAGGCAAGGAAAUUUUGUAUUUAUGUAUUAUUAUUGACAUAUUUUGUCAAUGGAAUUGAUUAACAAAAUAUUAGUUAUUAAUUGGCACAAAUUGUAAAAUAUUUGUUAUUAUUGGAACAAAUUUGAUGGCCAUUUAAAAUAAUAGAUCUUACAUAAUUAAACAACUGUAA